AUGAAAAUUUGUCAUGUUUUUUUGAUUUUGUUAAUGAAGCAUAUUUAUAUUUGUAAACAUAACAACAAAGUUGAGCAUAUAGGAAUAAAUAAAAUGGGUACCAUUACAAAGAGGAAAUACAAUUUAAAAGUGGAAAAUAAAAUAACGAAAAAAAAAAAAAAAAAAAGUUCAAAUGGAAAAAUUAUGAACUGUUCAUACAUUAGCAGUACUAAUAAUAUUGGCAGUAUUAAUAAUAUUGGCAGUACUAAUAAUAUUGGCAGUACUAAUAAUAUUGGCAGUACUAAUAAUAUUGGCAGUACUAAUAAUAUUGGCAGUACUAAUAAUAUUGGCAGUACUAAUAAUAUUGGCAGUACUAAUAAUAUUGGCAGUACUAAUAAUAUUGGCAGUACUAAUAAUAUUGGCAGUACUAAUAAUAUUGGCAGUACUAAUAAUAUUGGCAGUACUAAUAAUAUUGGCAGUACUAAUAAUAUUGGCAGUACUAAUAAUAUUGGCAGUACUAAUAAUAUUGGCAGUACUAAUAAUAUUGGCAGUACUAAUAAUAUUGGCGGUACUAAUAAUAUUGGCAGUACUAAUAAUAUUGGCAGUACUAAUAAUAUUGGAAGUACUAAAAAUGUUGAAAAAGAGGUGGGUAAAAAAAAGGAUAACAAACAUAUCAAAAGAAGAAUUAAAGAAGAGAAGAACAAAAUAUGUAAUCCCCAUUCAAGUAUCACAAAGAAUUAUUGGGAAAGAAAAAAUUUAAUUCAUGUGGAUGAGUCCAUCCAUGUUAUAAAAAAUUAUGAGAACAAUUGGAAAUUACUAAAUGUUAAAGCAGAUGAUUUACAGUUAAGAUACUGCUUAUUAAUAGGUCAAGAAUUUUGUUUUAGUGAAGUGGAAUAUAACACAUAUAUAGGAACAAUAAAUAAAAAAAUAUAUCUAUUUAAAGAAACAGACAGCAAUAUAUUUUAUCAGUGUGUUUAUGAUAGAUAUAAAAUAUUACCGUUAGAAAAUGAAAAAGGGAAUAUGAACAGUACACGCAAUACAUAUAAAGAAGAUUAUUCAAGCAAUUAUUAUCAGGAUGUACAUGACUUCUUUAAUUUGCAUUUUCCUUUAAACAAACAUGUUGAUAUUUGGAGAAAAAAAGAUAAAAGAAUGAACGAAAUUACUAAUAAAAUUAAAGGAUUAAGGAUAUUAAAAACGGAUUCUACUGAAUCUUUUUUCUCCUUUUUGUGCUCAACAAACAAUAACAUUCCGAGGAUAACUUUGAUGAUUGACUGUUUGAAAAGACGCUAUGGAAAAUUUCUUGCCACUGUUAUAUUUCAAAACGAAGAUAUAAUUAUAAAAAUGAUAAAUAAGGAGAAGUGUGCACAGGAUUACAAGUAUGACAUGAGGGAAAAUUCCGAGCAGCGUUAUGGUACAAAAAAGGAUUGUCAAAAUGGAAACGUGGAAGAGCGCACUUGCCAAAGUAUGAACACGGAAGAGCGUGCCUACCAAAGUAUAAGCAUUCAGAAGGAAAACUUGCAAAGGCUGAAAGAUGAAAAACUGAGAGAACAAAAAUUAAAGGUGAAGAAAGAAUUCCAGAGAAACAAUCAUACUGAUGAAGAAACUAAAGCGGAAAAACCCCUAUCAAACAAGGGACAAAGUAGAGGUAAUAAUUCUAUAAAUAAUGAUAACAAAAUAUUUUAUGAAAAUUUAAAAACAAUGAUAAAAGAAGAGAGAGGAAUGAAAAUGUUUACUUUUUAUGAAUUCCCAAGCAUACAAAUAUUAGCUAAAUUAAAAGAAGAGGAUUUAAGAAAUUUAGGUUUUGGUUACAGAAGUAAUUAUGUUAUAGAGAGUGCAAAAAUAUUAACAAAAAUGGGCAGCGAAAAAUGGAUAGAAGAUUUAAAAAAGGAAGACAAAACAAAAAAUUGCAUAAAUAAAUUAAUACAAUUUCCAGGUAUAGGCUUAAAAGUAGCCAACUGCAUUUGUCUAUUCGGUUUGAACAAAUUUGAUUGUAUACCUAUAGAUACACAUAUAUAUGAUAUUAUUUAUAAAUAUUAUAAAAACAUCAUAGGUGAUGAUAAAAUCGCGCAUUCUUUGAGUAACACUGACAAAAAUGGCAAAAAUGGAAAAAAUGGCAAAAAUGGAAAAAAUGGCAAAAAUGGAAAAAAUGGCAAAAAUGGAAAAAAUGGCAAAAAUGGAAAAAAUGGCAAAAAUGGCAAAAAUGACAAAAUUGACCAAAUUGGUAAAAACAACGAAACUGACCAAAUUGGAAAAAUAGAAAAUAUUAUCCUGGAAAAAAAUAACGCAAAAAAUGGAAAACACUCAAAUAAUAAUAACCAAAAAAAGAAUUCCCAAUUUUGUGAUAAUUCAAAAAUGAAAAGGCAGACAACUGUUAUACAUACUCAAAAACUUCAGAAAAAAGCUUUGACAACAUCCUUAUACAUAAAAUUAUAUACGAAGCUAAAAAAUCUAUUUGGUCCAAACUGCGGGUGGGCACAAACAAUUCUUUUCGCAUCUGAAUUGAAGAAAUUUAGUUACUUGUUUGAAUGA